GGUUUUAUGUUCGACCAAGGAUCUGACAGUCAAAUUUGAGAUGUCCGCGGACAAUCUGAAGGCAAAAUCCAGCGCAGCGAUCCAGAACUGCGCCUCAGAUCUGUACGAUCUCAGCCAGGAGAUCUGGAAGAAUCCCGAACUCGCCUUCAAGGAGCACCGCGCGCACCAAGUCUUGACUGACUUCUUGGAGAAGCAGGGCUUCCGUGUGGACCGACACUACAAGUUGGACACGGCCUUCAGGGCGGUGUGUGGGGAGGAGGGAGGCUUACACGUCUGUGUGAUCUGUGAGUAUGACGCCCUGCCUGGGAUCGGACAUGGCUGCGGACACAACCUGAUCGCAGAGGUGGGCGUGGCGACCGGGAUCGCGAUCAAAGAAGUGAUCCAAGACUUCCAACAACCGGUCAAGCUGACAGUGAUGGGCACCCCAGCGGAGGAGGCAGGUGGUGGGAAGAACUUCCUGAUCCAAGAUGGCUGCUUCAAGGACGUAGACUUCGCCAUGAUGGCGCAUCCCUUCACGUACAACAUUUCGCGCUGGCGAUGUCUGGCCAUCAUAACGCUUGAGGUGACUUACAAAGGCGAGGCCUCCCACCCCGCCUACCAGACCUGGCAGGGGACUAACGCCCUGGACGCAGCCGUCCUGUGUUACAGUAACAUCUCUGUACUCAGGCAACAGAUGAGACCUCAUCACCAGGUGCACGGUAUCAUAGAAAAUGGAGGGACCCAUCCUGACAUCAUCCCCUCAGAGACCACACUGAGAUUUUACCUGCGAGCACACACGGAAACCGAACUGAAGAACCUGGAGAAGAGUGUGGUAGGCUGCGUGGAGUCGGCUGCCAUAGCUACAGGUUGUCAGGUGGAGUACAGCUUUAAGAGAGAUGCCUCCAAGUACUCCAACCUGAUACAGAACAACACCCUGGCAACCCUGUACGAGAGGAAUGCUGAGGUCCUCGGGGUGACAAACUGUCCAGACAAGUCCGUAACCGGCGCAGUGUCCGGCUCUACGGACAUGGGGAACGUAACGCACGUCGUACCCGGGAUUCAUCCGAUGUUCGCCCUGCCGACAGACGCUUCUAUACACUCACGCAACUUCACACUACAAGCAGGCACCCUGGAGUCCCAGCCCUAUGCCCUGAACCAGGCGAAGGCCCUGGCCAUGACAGCCAUCGAUGUCAUCUGUCAGCCACAGCUCAUGGACACCAUCAGGGUGGAGUUUCAGCAGGACUUGGCCAAUGAUUGAAUUUAGAACUUUAGAAGUUUAUUUACUAAAUAACAUCAUCGCAGGAAUGCAUCCUGAAUUGUGAUAUGUGCAGCUGUCUAAAAACAUUUGAUCACUUUAGUAUUAACAGAUUGAUAGUAUCAUGUGAUCUUUCAUCUUUAAGAUAUUGUACUCAUAUUAUUUGAUAUUGAUAUAAAUAUACAUUAAUUUGAGAGUAAGACAGGUUAACAUACAAGUACUCUGCAGAGGUAGAGAGUUUGAAACUCAAUUUUAAAACUGCAAACUUAAGUUGGUGAGACCUAGGGAAUGAAUUACUCUCAAUUAAGGCUUCCCUUCAUUCAGCAUAUUUUUAAAAACUUUGUGCUUGAUUUAUUACUGAAGUUAAUUUCAG